UAUGAACAAGGAUACAAAUUUGUCAUUGGUGUGCACCCUCAAAGCCUAAAAUGUCAUGCUUCCAUUUUUCAUCAAUAUUUUCGGAGAAGAUUUUCUUUGUGGUCGAUGAAGAAAGACCCGGAUCUCGAAUCAGCUUUGUCUCGAAAUCGUAGAUGGGUGGUGAAUAAUCAGAUCAAGAACAUAAUCCUUAGAUGUCCGAAUCAAGUUGCUCCCAUUGAUUAUCUUCAGAAAAAAUUCAAAAGCCUCGAUCUUCAGGGCAAGGCACUUAAUUGGGUAAAGAAGUACCCUUGCUGCUUCGAAGUGCACCUCGAGAAUGAUAAGUAUUUUUGUCAGUUAACGAAAAGGAUGAAAAGUUUCUGGUCGAUGAGGAAGAAAGCGUUUGAGAUUUGCAGGAACCGGUUUUCGUAAAGCGAUUGGCAAAGUUGUUGAUGUUGAGUAGAAACAAAAGACUCAGUGUUAUGAAAAUCAAUGAAUUGAAGAGAAAUUUCGGCUUUCCUGAUGAUUAUUUACUUCGGAUUGUUCCUAAGCACACAGACAUGUUCAGAGUCAUCAAUUAUACCGGGAGGCGAAGUUCAAUGGAUAUUGAGCUUAUAUCAUGGAAUCCAGAUUUUGCAGUUUCGGCAGUUGAGAUGUUAGCUCAGAAGGAAAAUCGCGAGCCGUGCUUUACAUGUUCUUUGCCAGAAAAUUGGAUGAAAUCAUGGGAGAGAUUUCGAGAGUUCAAUUCCACCCCAUACAUUUCACCGUAUGUGGAGUUGACAGGCGAAUCACACGAAACGGACAAGAGAACCAUAGGUUUGGUGCAUGAGUUAUUAUCUCUGACUUUGUGGAAGAAAGUAUCGAUUGCCAAAUUAGGUCAUUUUAGAAGAGAAUUCUGCUUACCUGAGAAAUUAAAUGUUUUGCUUCUCAAGCAUCCUGGUAUAUUUUAUGUUUCGAACAAAUAUCAGAUUUAUACUGUUCUUCUUAGGGAAGGAUACAGUGGCUCCGAAUUGAUUGAAAAGGAUCCGCUCGUUGUUGUGAAGGAAAAGUUUGGGGAAUUAAUGCAGGAAGGACUUCAUGAGUAUAACCGAAGGCACUACCUAAUGAACUUAGAAAAGAAGAAGAAGAUGAAGAAAGGUAUUGUAGCUGUUAGGCAAGAAAGAAUGAAGAGAGGCAGCCAUGAGAAUGCUAACGAAGAUGAUGAAAGUGGUCAUCUUGGAGGCAUAUUUGAUGCCGAGGAAAGGAAAAGAUUUUACAACGUUCUCUUUGAUGACAAUGCUAAAUGAAAUUUUGGAUGCCUUUUGUUACUAAUUAAUGCAACUGAGAAUGAGAUCUUUUGCCUGUGGACCUCUUUUUCACUCAAGGUAUCUUACGUUGGUGGCCUUUCUGGUGAUGAGACAAGCUUGCAACCGUGCAUGAAAGUGGAUUUAAAGUAAGAACUUUCCUCUCUUUUAUAUGCUUUGCCCUUAUAGUUCUUUACUCAAUAGUUCUGUAUUUUGCUGCCUGUAUUUCUUGAGAUAUGAAUUAUGUAAUUUACAAUAGAUAGAUAGAAACGUUGGAUUUGCAAAAAUUGGAUUAUUGGGACCUAAUAAGCACCUAGUUACGUGAAGAUUCGGAAGUAUGCUGGUAAUCAGACUUUUGUAGAUGAAGAAUCUUCUUUUGUAUCAAGAGAGUGACAUGUUAAAUUGGCACUGUAAAUAAGAGAUUAGAAAUUCUGCAAACUGGUCGGUAUAUGAGAAGUUGUAAGGCGACAGGCGGUUUUAUUGUUGAUGCAAUGGUGGAAAUAACUGCUGCUUCAAAAUUGGGGGCCAUUGCAUAUGAUAAAUUGAUGACAUGCUAACACUAUACCUUUAUGCUCUGGAUUUUAUUUUAAACCCCACAUCAAGAGGAACUUUUGUAUGACUAAAGAGCAAUAAACGAUUAGCAUGGGCACAGGGAAAGUUUAGAGCCUCCACAACUUCAGUCUGAUCAGGAUGCUGUGCUUUGUGUGCACUUCUUCU